AUGACUUCACAACAAUGGUUCGAUGCUUCCUUCUCAUCCCGAUCAAUCUGGUGGCAUUAUAUGGUUAUUACGGUACCGAGAAUACACAGUCGACCAAAAACUGCGUACAUGCUUAUUGGUGGUGAAACUAAUCUCGAUCCAGUGCCAAUAAGAGACUCUUGGGGAGAAAAAAUCAGUGUGAAAACUGGUACUGUUGCUGUGGAAGUUAAACAAAUUCCGAGUCAACCAAUAACAUUUGUGGCCGAUCCAUCGCAGAAAUCUCGAUUUGAGGAUGAUAUUCUCGCAUGGACUUGGAAUACAUUUAUUCAAUCAAACGGUAGUGAUCCAUCUGUUCUUCUUCUACUACCUAUGACAAAAGCAUCAGUGCGUGCAAUGGAUGCAGCACAACAGUUUCUUCGUGAAAAAGAAAUUCCAGUACCAGAGAAGUCUUUGGAUAAUCCAUAUUAUCAAGUUGCGGCUGAUAUUUUUGAUCCUUACGCUUAUUUUGAUCGAUAUCAUAAUGUUACAUUGUGUCAAUUUCAAGGAGCUGAUGAUGAAUUCUUUUUAUCUGAUAGCGAGGACUAUUUUUGGAAUGAUCUUCAAAAAGCAACAGGUGGCUCUUACCUCUACCGAAUUCCAAAUGCUGAUCAUGGAGCUACAGGAGUUUUUGAUAGCCUUGAAAGUUUUUAUUUUAGUAUUUGUGAUCAACAAGUGCUUCCAUCAUGGGCAUGGACACGAACAAUAAAUGAAACUCAUGGACAAAUUCGUGCUAAUGUCUCUGUUGGUGAUGGACAUCCAGCACCGAUAAAUGUUACUGUUUAUCAAGCUCAAACUGUUACUGGAACAAAACGAGAUUUUCGAGCAGCUAAACUGGAUCCAACCACUGGACAGAUUGUUGUUAAUCCUGUCAAAUGGGUGGAAAUGAAAGAAAAUAUGGAAAUUUCAAAGGUUGGUCAGUCAUCAAUUAUCUACACUUAUACUGCACCUAUGCCACCAGACGGUUACUGGUACGGGAUAUUAAUGCAAGCGACAUUUCCUGGACCUCAUGGCACAGCAUUGAAUUUGACGACAGAAACUCUAAUCAUACCAAAUACGUUUCCAGUUGGUCCUUGUUCAGAAGAACAAUGUUAUGGAAAUUUAGUCUAA